AUGGAAAUAUUUGCUAAGAAAGAAGACCCUGUUGAAACAAGCAAAUCAGAUAGCUUGCUCACUUGGUUGAUAGAAUUGAUUGUUUCUGGGGCGGAGAUGGUGUUGAACUUUCUCCUAAACUACAGAUAUGGUCCUUCCCGUCUUAGUGAGAAAGUGGAUGAACAGCUGGGGGAAAUUCGGUUGGUUGACACACUAACUAAUGUUCUUGUCCCUGCUUUUGAUAUUCAACACCUUAAACUAGUCGCCUUCUCUUCUCACCAGGUAAGAAAGGCAAACUCAUCAAUAAAAUUGAGAGAUGUAGUUAUGAGCUCAGCUGCAGCUCCAGUUUAUUUCCCAUCCCAUGAUUUCAAAGCUGAUCGAUGGCAGACUACAUUGCUUGCAAUACAAGAAGCAGCCCACAUAUUUGGAAACCGAGAUUAUAAUAACUGUCUGGUUGUCUCCCUUGGUACUUGCUCUGAAGAAGAAGAACAUCACAACUUCAUUAAUUUAAAGGGUCAACUUCCUUGGAUAAUAGACCUGAAAAGAAGAACAUCACCUUUAGCCAACGCGCGGCUUAAGACAUCAGCUGACAUGCUAGAUGCAUACACAUUAUUUGUCCUUGGAGUUGGAGGCUGGAUUUCUAGUUAG